AUGCUGCGGCUGCCGCUGUCGGCGUGCUGCCCCGCCGCCAUGGACUGCGCGCGUGACCACGAGCUGCUGCUGCUGCGCGAGCACCACCGCCGCCUGCACCUGCUGGCCGCGCUCUCCGCCUCGCAGCGCCUUGUCGCCCUCUCGCAGUGGAGCUGCCUUCCCGUUGUGCCAAGAGCGGAAAGCCGACAACCAAAGCCAGAGAAGCCGCCAUACUCGUACAUCGCACUCAUAGCCAUGGCUAUCAGUUCUUCCCCGGGCCGGAAACUCACUUUGAGCGGCAUUUACCGCUUCAUCAUGGAGCGAUUUCCAUACUACCGGGACAACCGACAAGGCUGGCAGAACUCCAUCCGUCAUAAUUUAAGCCUAAACGACUGCUUCAUCAAGGUUCCGCGCGACCGGGACAUGGAGGCGGGUGCAAGCAGUGGCAAAGGCAGCUACUGGACGCUGGACCCAGCGGCGGCCGACAUGUUCGAGCAAGGCAAUUAUCGCAGGAGGCGCACCAGGAGGUCCCGGUCUGCGGCGUCCAAUGCACACAACGCCGCGGCCGAAACACAGGCAAUCAACAGUCCCCACGACCAGCUGCAGAAGGAUGAAGCUGGCAGCCCCACCUCUGGCCAAUUCAGCAAAUCAGCGCUUUUCAGAAUUGAAAAUCUCAUAAGAAAAACAUCUAUGUGACAACAAGUAAUUCGUUGUGAGUGGGUGGUCGUGCCAAAGCUGCCACAUGUUACGGGGACGUGAACUGUAGCAGUGUAGCGUAUAAAAGUGGACAAACAUGCAAUUGCAAACUUCACAAGCGUACUUCAUAAUGCAUUUGGUGCAAGCAUGCUUGAGUCGAUACAGGUAAUCUUACACAAUUAUCUGAACUGUGAAAUCUGUUGCACAAGUGCUCGAUAUUCCGUUACGAAAAUUUGUGAAAGCUUACCGACAAGAAUAUGUUUGGGACUGGGAACCAACUCUUUGCAGGCUUGUAGUAACAAAAGUCAAUUGUGAGGCAACAGACGAUAUCCCGACACUUUGCCUAUAGAUGAUGGAGACGCAUUCCAUCGAAACGUUGCUACGAGACGACGAUGCUACUCGGCUGACAACCCGUGAAGACUUCAUAUAUGAAAUUCGCAGAGAAAGCCUGCACUCACAUACUUGCUGGAAGAAUUUAUUGAAAAGUGUGAAAUUCAGUCUUGUCUCCUGAGCACUAAUUCGAAAGCGAUAAUGUAGAGAAAAAUGCACCUAUACAAGCCAUGACUCCUUUAGCCUUACGUUUGAAAUCUUCAUAACACUUUCUGGUAAGAAUAACUGGUGACUGCUGGUGUUAUAGAUUCAUAAUUGUAUCCUACUUUGUACUCGAAGGUGUUACAGAACAGAGUCAGAUGCUUUUCUUUAUUAGUCCCGGAGUAAUUACGCCAGUCACGUGGAUAUAUUUUCAACUCAUAAGGUUAAUAGGGAAUAAGUUCUUCUCUUCAUUUAGUAUUUCUUACAGUAUAUGUGUCCAGUUUCUUCUUUUUUUGCGUCACAAGAGCACAGCCGCCCAAAGCAUGCGCACAGUUGUCUUCACAGCUCUACGUACUUCAGUCAUAACUUGGUCUUUAAAGAAGCACGCUUGGACCGUGACGAGGUGAAAAACAUGCAUGUGUGGUAUGUUUUAUCAUUCUUGGUAAUCUACCUUACAAUUACUAGUGUAACCACCUUAAAUCAGCGUAACAGGCGAAGAAAGUCAUGUACGUGAGAGAACACUUGUUAUAAACCACUGGCACGCCUAACAAUAAGUGAAGUAUUGUAAAAAAGUGUAAUAUUUAUUGUUCAUUGUAAAUGGUAGCAAUAACAUUUUUCAAUGUUUAUGCGUAAAACAACUAUGUCCCAUGACAAUUUUUGUAUAUAUGCAGCUAAUGCAUUAAUUUUAUACAUAUAA